GCCGACCCUCAGAGCCAGAGAAGCGAACCAGAGGGCUGCAUCGAUCCCCACCAAGACGACAUCUCCAUCACAGAGGACCUCAUCGAUCCUGAGUACCUCCUCGAUCCACCCGAAAACUGGCGCUUGGACAUCAAUGCCACGAGCGCCAAGGAGUUAAAAUUAAACGGACAUUGCGGAGGAGGAGGCAAAGCCGGAGCUGCAAGGAAGCAAGACAGAAGACUUGUUAAGAAAGAGGAAACAGAUUUUGCAGAAGUUAUCCUACCACCUAACAAGAUGUCUGUGGCUGUCCAGGUGGUGAACGGGAGAGAGCAAGGCACGGAGGAGGAGGAGGAGCUACAGGAAGCAGGGGGCGGAGCUCAGGAAGCUGGAGGAGGAGCUCAGGAAACAGAGGGCGGAGCACAGGCCAUGGACAUAACGGAGGAGGAUAUGGUGGUGGUGCCUCGCAGUCCCAGAGAAGAAGGGAUGAGCGACAGUGAAUUAUACCAGUCAGGUGCUCCAAAGAAGAAGAAGUUCAAAGCAUGGAAGUCGAUAAAGAAGAUUUUCAAGAAGAAGAAGAGUUCAAAAGGUUCAGAAGGAGACUCAACACCAAACAAGAACAAGUCUAAAUCAACAAGUGAACUAGAAACAGGAGGGGAUGAGGAAGGUGAACUGAACAAACGCAUCAGCAUGUCAGAAGAUAGUGUGUUUACACCAGACAAACCAGCUUCAGCCAAAGACAGGAGCUCCUAUUCACUCAACACAUCAAACCUGGCAGAUGAGAUCAGUGCCAAACUCAAGGAGAGAGCCAGCUCCUCAGACGACGGCUACGCCCAGUCUAGUGAGGACGCCAUGACAACGGGUGACACCACCCACGACAACUCAUAUGUGGCGCCCUCAGACAGCAGUAAGACAGACAGUGGCAUCAUCACUACAGAGGACGAGGAUCAGGUUAUGUCCAAGCCUCGUAUUACGAAUCGUCGAUGGAAGAGCUUUACAAGCGUUGGGGUCAAGGACAGCCACCAUGUUACAGCUGACAUGAAGAGAUUAAAAUCAGAAAAUCUUGGUGAUGUUGACCUUGAUCUAAUCCGGACGUCAAAUCUGCUCCCUAGCUCAGCGGCCAAACACAGAAUAUCUGUGGCGCCCUCUAACAGGAGACCAAGUAGAAAAGCACGUGCUCGGACACCGCAGAAGCGGUCCAGCAGCCGACUUGAUGAUGCCCCUUCCCCCAUAGCAGAAGAGCCCACUACCCCCACAAAGAGUCCCACCCCUCUAGACCUUGACAAUGAGGAGAAGGGAGACACGCCCAAGAAAGAUGCAGUACCCGUCGUCAUCAUUGAGUCCCCAUCUUCCGAUGACCUGAAGUCCACCCUUGAGGGUAACUCCCAGGGAGAGUUGGGACUGGAGGAGGAGGAGGAAGAGGAGGAGCCCAUGAUCCUUCCUCAGAUUCCCAAAGAGGUCAUCAUCAUCAUGAAGGAUGACCCACCCAAGAAGGAUGAUCCCAAGAAGGAACCUGAGAAGGAGGCGAAGCCCAGCACCCCUACCACACCCGUACCACCAACAACACCGGUAGAGACCACAGCCCCGGAGGAGGAUGCAGCUGCUGCAUCACCACCACCACCUGAGAUGAAGAAGAAAGAGGAGGUGGAGAAGGAGAGCGCAGAGACGGAGAAAGACGUGGAGGAGAAGAAGGAAGAGGCGGAUGCCGUCGAGGAGAGACGGUUGAGUGUGGCUGCAAGCAAGGCUCUCUUCGAAGCCAGAAUCCCCGCUGGUACGGAGCCCACCAAAUCAAGCAAUAAGGGGGUUGUCAAUGGCAACGGUACGCACAAGGCAGAAGCGAGGCGAUCCAGUCAACCUAUCGAGGCAGUUCCGGAGACCAAAGCUGAAGCAGACACCAAGCUGUCAGAGAAGGAAGAGAAGAAAGUGGAGAAGAAGGAGGAGAAGGAAGAUGGGAACGAAGAGGAGGAACCGGUCUUCACAGAUAAAGAGGAAGUUGAAGAGUCUAAGGAGGAACCCGUCAGUCUCAGAGACAGAAUCUCAAAGUACCAGAACCUAGCCACCAAGACGUCAGUGAAGGGCCUAACAGCCCAUGUCGGGACGCGAAGCAGCCCCUCUAAGCAGAGACCAGCCUCGACCAGUAACAUCGAGAACAAGGAUUCGCCUAAGAAGUUUGCCCCAAAGGACAUGGAUUUAUCUGUGGAGAAUUCAGAAAGACAUGUGGUUCCGUCAAAGCCCUCAUCAACAAGUUCCAACAAACCCAGCGGGUCAACGGGAACGACAACCGAACCCUCCAAAGUGUCCAUUAAUCCCUCAUCGUCCUCGACAUCAACCACCACAUCGUCCACCCGCAAGCCCCUCCAGCCCAAGAUCGAUCGCUGCAUGGUGUGUGAUAAGGCCGUCUACCCCAACGAGUCGAGCAAGUUCGAAGGUCGCGUCUUCCAUCGGACUUGUCAGAAGUGCUGCGAAUGCAGCCGAACUUUGACCCUGUGGAACCUGGAUAUCGCUGAUGACCACCUCUACUGCAAGCAGCACGGCACUGUGGUGAAAAACAACCAACUCAAAGAGAAACUCAUCAUUUGAUAACAAUGAUAGGACCAACUCUGCCCUCUCUCUCGUCAACUUUGUCCCUCAUCCCUCUUAAAGCUGCUUGACCUAGACUAGAUUUUCAGUGUCAAAGACAUGAUGAUUAUUGAAUAAAUACUAGCUAUCAUUAGGUUAAAGAGUGCUAACAAAAAUAUCUACCAUGUUGAUAACUUUUAUUGAAUAUCUGCCUUUGCACAUGAACACACUAGAAUGCACAUGUUUCAGCUUGCUUUGCAGACUGGGUAGCACUUGUGGACUUGCCAAAUUUUUAAUUUACAAUGGUUGCAGAAAUGUUUCUUUUUUCACACCCUUCUUAGUAGAGGGAUAACUGAUGUAUAACAAUUUGCUUGACUGAUGUAUGAAUUUUAAAGAUAUGAUUUUAAUCUGCACACGUACACAAAAAAUAUAUAUAUAUAUAUAUAUUACUUUCUCCAUGUAUAACUUGUACCUGCAUGUCAAUUUCAUGUACAAUAUAUAUAUAUAUACAUUCAAAGAGAUCAGAAUGCAGCAAUUUAUUGCAAUUAUCUGUGGGGACCCACCAUAAUUUUUUAGAAUAAUUAUUAAAGCAAACCACAAUUUGCGAAACUACUAGUAAACAGAAAUCACAUUCAAUGACUAAGCUGAAGACAGCUUUGGUAUAUUUAGUUUUUGGUUGAAAAAGACGACCAUAGGAUUAACCUGAAAACACCUAGCUGUAGCCAUGCAAUGGGAGAGAAUACAGUAGGUACGUUUAUUGUAAUAUGCAAUCAUCAGUUAUUUAUACAAUGAGGACUCCGAUUCCCUGUGCCAGGAUUGUAACAAUCUCUUUUUAAAGUAAUACGCUAGUUUUAAAACAGCCAUGCAAGAGAAACUUUAAUGGUGUUAUUCAUAUAUUUAUGCAAUUUAUUUAAAAGUCUGAAACAAGUUCUAGAAUAAUAUUAUACAAAUAUCGAUUAUUUUAUUGAUUAUUCCCAAAUAUUUGACCAAAUGCAGUAAGUUUGUGCUUUUUAUGGUGGUGCUGAAAUAAAAUGAACAAAUUAGAACUUAAAGGAAAGAAAUGGAUAGAGAGGUGCUUUGAAAUGCUAAAGUAGGCAGUAUGUUCAUAGAGAUGGCCAGUUCCAAAAUACCCAGUAUCUGUUUUCAAAGGUCCAGAAAUUCCUUUGGAUGAACUUGUCACAUGUGUCAGUUGAUAAAUAUUGCAUGACAUGUCUUAUAACAUGACAAAUUUUAGGUGCAAUCUGAAGUUUUUUGUUAAAGUUUUCUACAAACAAUACCAGACAAGUUUUUAUAUGUAAAUAAUGUGAAUGGUGUAAAUGUAUGUCUAUGAUAAACAAAUAAAAAAAAACAUAUAUGAGAACAGAAGAAACAUUUAUAUUUUGUACAUAUGGUAUAUAAUCAGGAAUUUUGUAUCUUAAUUGGUUAAGGCUGAACAGGUGUAUCUGUUUAUUGACUUUGGAGAAAGAAAGUCACAUGGUUGAAUGUCUAGUUGCUGAGUUUUGUCAUAAAACUAAUUUAAUGCGUCAUUAUCAUCUCCUUCUUGUAAAAAAUAAUAGUGCUACUAACUUGUCAUGAAAUUAUUUUUGUUGUGAAUAACACUGAAUAUCAUUCUCCUUUAAAAAGAAAAAUGUGCUAAAAUUGAGAUUGAUAGCAGGGGCCAGUUUUGUUUUAUACCAAAUAGGUUUUCGGUUUACAUUAUUUUAUGUUGGUUUAAAAACCCAUUGAUUCUGCCAUAUUUACACAGUUCAAAGAGUACAAAUUUUCAUUCAAGAAAAAUUUAACUUUUGAGAUGUAUCUUUCUAGAAAAAAAAAUGUUUUAUUUAGCCCAAACAAACAAUGAUGGGAAGAUGAUCCACUUUGUAACCUGUCUGUCUUAAAUUGAGAAUUUGACACGGACCCCAAAAUAUGCAAAGAUUGUCAAGUUGCUAGAAAUAUACAUAUACAUCGUUCACUUAGAACAGAUGGUGUUUUUUUCUUUGUAAUGAUUACAUUUCAAAAUACACAUGUAAGUAAAUCAUUGAUUUUCAUUUUCUCUUUCAUGCUUUUCACAUUCCUAUAUUUGAUAUGUUUGGAAAAGGAAUAUUGUUUGUUGAUAAUACUAUACAUUAAUAUUAUCUUUGAAAUACAACUUGUGAUGAAAUUUGUUGAGUUGUAACAUCAACUUGAACAAAAUAUUACAUUCAAAAUGAGAUUAAAAAAAAACAUUCCAAAUAAAGGAUUAAAAGAACAAUUGGUUUUAUUUCAUUAUUUUCACUGAAUUCCAUACCAUGGCUGACAAUGCAUACUGAAAUUAUUUUUUUGUAAAACCAAGUGAAACAUUUUUGUUGUUGAAAGAGUAU